AUGAAAUUCACAGUUGCUACCAUCUUAGCUACAGUCCUCGCCUCUACGGCCGUUGCUAGCAACGUUAGUUGUGUCUACCAGAAGGGAACCAAGGGUGAUCAUAUAGUUGGACUCAAGGGUGCUGUCCAGGCAUACGGCGGACAGUAUCGCGUCUCGGGCAGGAAUGGCUCUACAUUUGCAACCUAUGGAAGCGCCAAAUUGACUCUGCGCCGUACUGGUCAGCACCCUUCGGUAAACAGCUACACCGAUGCUGCCACUGUGGCCAACAAGAUCCAAGAAAUCAUUGAUUGCUGCUACAAUCACGGCUAUACCGAGUGUGUUGGAAACGGCGACAUCAAAUCCUAUUCAGAUGACGGCCCUAUUAACGUGAACGUUGCCCAUAAUUAG